UUUGCAAACUAAUUUGAAAUCGAUCUUCCACACGAUGUAUUGUGACAAAAAACGGCGACUGUUGACUUCCGUUGUAAUCUUUAUCGGGACCCUUCAAGCUACCGAUGCUUUUGGAUGGAAUUGGAUUUGGCCUUUCACAACCACAACGUCCACCACGCAAGCUACGGCAGCGAGUUCCGGAGCCAGCAGUUCUAAUUAUGCCAUCUCGAUCGGAAAUCGAGAAAAUACCAACGCCGAAACGGUAGACUACGGGACAAAUAUCAGCAACCUUCAGAUCAAUCUUGCCCGGUUUAACGGAACGUCUAUCGGUAGCGGGACAGCCGUGCAGGAUGCAUUGAGUAGGUUGAUCAAUUCGGUUACGCACGAGUAUAGAACCCAGUCGGAAGGAUCAGUUGCUAGGCGGCUGGCGUUGAUUCAGGAUACUAUUAGCCAAGCGCAUCAUUACGCGACCGAAUUGAGGGAAGGUCAGAUCAAAAAUUUGCUAACUGCAUUUGCCAAAGAUACGCGCGCAAGUGUGAACGAGCUUAACCAAACCGUUCGGAACUGUCUGGAGAGGGAAGUCCAGGUGGAAGAUGUCAUCCAGUCGGUAGUCGAUCGCAGUCAGGAUGGUUGCAUCGAAACUCGAAUGCGGCUACUGUACGAACUGCAUAAUACAGUUAGGAAUAACUUGACCAACUUUUUGAACGCUGCCGAAGAUGUGGAGGACCUUUUGGGGCCCUGUGUCGAUGAUGUUCAGGACUAUUUCGACGAUGAAAUGAGUGACCUGCAAAAAGUGGCGUGUAUUGCUUCGGUCCUACUGAAAACGCAAACUGAAACGUAUAGGUUGGAUUUUACGAUUAACCAGCUGACGGCGGAUGCGGAUCCUUUGCUGGGUGUUGCCAGAGCUAAUCUUUUACAAUGUGCUGCAGGUUUGGCUUCAUAUGCUUUUGAGGCAUCACUGGGUCUUCGUCAAUGGAUUAACUUCUGUAGCAAUCGAGUGAAUUGACUUUGGAUUCAGAUCAGGCUGGUCGCAUAUCCUAUGAUGGUAGAAGAUUGAAAAAUGUUCAAUUGUAUUUCCGUGUGUUCAAAUAUAUUCAGUCCGGUGCA